UUCCCCUUUUUAAUCCCCUCUGCGUUACCUUCUCGUCUCUUCUUUCUUCCGUGUUAUUCGAGAGAGAGGUAGUGACCAGAGAGGGAAGAAGUCGAUGGCUGAGUAUGGAGAUGCUGAGAUCGACUGCCUACCUGUAGACCUUCUUGCUCAUAUCUUCCUUCUUCUACCUUCCUUCACUGAUUUGGCUCAGGCGAGCAGCGUCUGUGGGAAAUGGAGACAAGGGGUGAAGCAAUCCCUGGCUCGCAAAGAGUGCCUCAGCUUUGCUGGUUGGAAGAUGGAUGACGAUUCCACAGCCCGCCUCGUUGCUCAUGCUUACAGCCUCAAGGAACUCGACAUUUCAAGGAGCUGUUGGGGCUGCCAAAUAACAGAUGAUGGUUUGUACAGAAUAUCUUUGGCAAAAUGUAUCAGCAACCUGACAUCAAUAUCCUUGUGGGGUAUGACAGGAAUCACAGACAAGGGUGUAAUUCAGUUGGUUUCAAGAGCUACUUCCUUGCAACACCUGAAUGUUGGUGGUACAUUUAUUACUGAUGAAUCUUUAUUUGCAAUUGCAAAUAGCUGCCCACAUUUGAAGGUGAGUUAUCUGACUAUUGUCCUGUGGAGUUGUCGCCACGUUACUGAGAGUGGACUCUUCUUCCUUGUAAAUAAAUGCCACAAGCUAGAAUCAAUCAAUGUUUGGGGGAUGAGAGUUCCUGUCGAUUGCCUCAUUGCUUUGCUUACAAUAAGUCCUGCUCUUCAGAUAAAGCCUGGAGGUGUACAUCUUAAUGUUGAAACGGCUUCUCUUUGGCCCAUCCAUUAAGAAUCCUUCCUUAGUUGCUUAUGAAGCACUAUGUUCAUAAUUUGUUUAUAAUUUGUUAUUUUGUAAACACAUUGACAGAAUUCUUGUGUGAGGAAAUAAUGUAAAUGAUCUAUUGUUAGAUGAAUUGGAAGCUUAAGUAUAUAUAUCAUAUAUUGUUUUAGCAGCA